AUGCUGCAGCAAAAGGCUGGUAUAUAUCAUGUUGACAUUGUUACAGCUUUUCUCUAUGCUGAACUGAAAGAGCCAAUUGAAAUUGAACUACUAGAGGGUUAG